AGACAACCAGUAUUUAAGAUAUGAUCCGCGAGUAGUUCAAGGUUCAGUUCUCGUACAGUGUGCGAGUAGUUAGUUAUAUUAAAUAUUUCAUACUUUAUCACAACUUUGGAGCUCUUUCCCCCCCCGAGUACUGGAGACAUAGUGCAUGUGUGCAGGCUCGACGAUGCACGGGGUCUGCUCUCCUUGGCUGCUAGCUAACGUUAACAACCCAAACAAACGGUGGGAGUCAAGGUUUUAAGCUGCCUAACCCUUUACCUAUCUGACAGCCCUGGCGACAUCUGAUCCAGUGGACACAAGGGAACUCUUUCCAGAGAGAGGGCUGCACCAACUCUCGUAACAAUGACGGGUGGACUGCAGAAAACAAGAAAAAGGAAACCCAAAAAGACGCCAACAAAGAAAGCCGCCUUAGACACUUUACAGGCUACAGAGGAAUCGAAUGCUGUGCCAGGCAGUGAUUUGGCCAUUGUCAGCCAGUGCACUGCAAGUUCUUUACCAAGUACUCCAAAAAGAGCCAGAGGACAAGCUGGAGAGACAGAAGAAUCUUGCCUGACAUCUACCCCAGUUCACAGCUCUUCCACUGACAUCCUGUCCAACAUUUCAAAGUCCUCCCCAACAACAAAACAAGUGGAGAUCGAAUACACAGAACUCAUCACUCAUUUAGAGACAUCAAAGGUAGAUUCACCAUGCUCCAAAACCAAAUUUCAAAGCAGACGUGGGAGGGGUCACGCUUCACAACCACGACAAGUUAGAAAAAGGGGGACAAAGGAACAAACACAGACCUGCACUGAAACCAACGGUCCUCCAGGCAAGUGUCGGCGUGGCAGGACGCGGAAGAUUGAGACAAGGGAUACUACUACUCAGUCAUCCGAACGCUCUAGACCAAGAUUUGAACUGGACAAGCCUGAUGCAGCAGAGCCAGAUGAGUCUUUGCUGUCUUCAGAUCUAUCAAUAGAGCUGAAUCACCAGGAGGAACAGCUGCCGUCAUUGUCCUUCCAGGAAAAUGAGGAAAGUGAGGAGGAGGAGGAGGAGCUUCCAAGUUUCUUGAUGGAAGGGGACAAAAAGCCCCCAUCCAUUUCAGAGGGAGUGUUUGUGUGGUACAAAUUUAGAAAUUAUCCGUUCUGGCCAGCAUUGGUCAAAAGUGUGAACCGUAAGCAGAAAAAAGCCAGCAUCAUGUUCAUUGAUGACCCAAUGAUUCACAAAAAGAAAGGGUUUACUGUGGCUCUGAAAUCCCUGAAGCCUUUUGACUGUAAAGAAGCUAAUGAGCUGGUGUGCAAAGCCAAAGAAAAGUAUGAGGCUGCAAUCCAGUGGUCCUUGGAGCUCAUAAAAGAUUACAGCAUACGGAUUGGAUGUGGCUCAUUUUCUGGCUCCUUCAUCGAGUACUUUGCCCAUAACAUGAGCUAUCCUGUGAGGAGGAAGUACCCAGAGGGAGAGUCAGAGAGGCUAACCAUCGCCAACGAUACAAUGACUGAAGCACCGUGUGACAAUCAUAAGGAGGACAGCUUUAGUGAACAGCAGGAGGAGGUCAGCAGGAGUUCAAAGAGGCUGCUGCCAGACCGGAGUCAUGCUGCCCACAACCGCGCCAAUGAGAAGCUUGUACAUUUUAUUGUAAAGCAGCGCAUGGUUGAAAGACGCCUUCUGGCUGUGAUCCAUGGGCAGCAGCAGUCCAGAUGGCUCCGCUCUUUUCUAAGUGCCAAUCGGAGGCGGGUGGUGAACAUAUACCUGGAAGACGACCAGCAGUUGGACCAGGUGUACUGGUACCUAAAUGAGCUCUACGCGACGGCCGUGGCUACCGCCCCUUGCCUGACUGAAGUGAAAUCCAUGGAGCGUGUCCCUUUUGUCCUGGAUGUACUUCUUCCUGAGGCCAUCAUCUAUGCCAUAGCUGGGGUGGACAAUGUCUCAGUGAAAAAGGCAGAAGAAAAGUACCUGAAAGGACGAUGCAUCAGUAACAGAGAAAGACAAGAGUUUGACUUGAUGAUUGAGCGGCAGAUGAGGAAAAAAACACAGCCUCAGAGCGCGGCACUUAUGUAAUUGUAUUUCCGUCAGUUAAUUAUUGUAAAAAAGGAAACUAUUUUUGUAUUAUGUCUUUUUCUUUUCAAGUGUUUUGUUUAUAGAUAAUGUAGCAGCAUUUGUGUGCCUUACAAUCAAUUGAUAAAUCAUAUCACAUUCACUCAAUUCUCAUUUGCCUUUUUUAAGACACAAGACUGCAAAUACUGGAUUUUAAAAGCUGUUAAAGGACUCAAAAAAGCCAAAUAAUGGAAAUGUGUUACUGUUAGAUGAUCAUCUAACGUGCAUAACUGUUUGCUGCCAUAUUCCUCACAGAGCUAAUCAUUACUGUUGUCUGUUUAUGCUUGUGUGCUUGUUUUACAAAAAACAUUUUUUUUAUAAACCAUUUUCUCCAACAGUAAAGGCUUUCAAGGGCCUCCUAACCUCUUUUUUUCUGUUCAAACAGCUUUGGUCAACUUGACAAACUUGAAUAAAGUACUAAUAAAGUAA